CCUUUCUUUCUGACACAAUCGCUUCCCUUCCGCCCGCCGUGCUGCCCCGCGCGCCCCAGCAUGCAUUGCGGUUUGGGAGGUGUCGCCUUUGUCGCUUUGCUUUGGUAGGUUGGCGCUGGAUUCUCGUGAAUGGUCGGUCGGUCCCUGCUGCCCGCCGCUUUUCCUUAUGCCACUCUCCUUUGCAACACGCUCUGUCUCUGUCUCUCUCUCUCCACCCCUCUCCCUCCCUCUCUCUUCCUCUUUUCUUUCUCCUUUCCUACUCUCUUGAUGUACGUUGCGGCUGGUCUGCUGCUUUCCAUCACCCAUACCACUCAUCCCCAUCAAACGACACCCAUCACCACCUGCAAUCACACCGCAACGACACCCCGCUGCCACUCCGCCAUACCAUUCGACCCUCCGCUGCCACGCUGUCGCUGUCUGGCGAGCCGAGAGUGUUGUCGUCGCUGCGGCGUGUGUGUGAAAACGCGACGUUCCUCAGGCCGACGCUUCUCAUUGGUCCACUCAACUGGGAACUAGAUUAUCUGGAGAUGAAGCCUUGACACGCCGCACCUGGAAACUGUCCACGAUCGCAAACGUCCGGCGAUUGCUGCACCACGCAUGACCGCUCUGCAUCACACUGCACGCACCACUGCACGUCUGCCUAGUUCUGUUCUAUAUCAUCUUCUUGGCGUGUCCCGUCGACGUGCGACUUUCACGCCAUGAACAUGCCUUCCACCCUCGAUGACGAUGCUGCAAGCGAUAGCUCGUCCCUGUCGUCAGUGCAAUCCCCGCAAAACGUCGCUUUAGACGACAUCCGCGUCGCCAGCCGCUCUUCCUUUCCUGCUGCCUCCACUUUUGCUGAAGGUGUUGUUGCACAUUCGGCUGUUCCCGCACCUGCGCAUACCAUCUCGUCUACAACACCUACUACCACAACUACUACUACUAGUGCUGCUGCCACUCCUGCACAUGUGCCCAUCAAGCCCAAGCGAGUGCGCAAGCCCAAAGAACCCAAAGUCGAUGGCAAAGAUGACAAGCCCAAGGAGAAGAAGGCUCGCAAGCCCAGAGUCAAGCAUGAAGAAGGCGCUGCUGUCCCGCCCAAAAAGAGGCAAAAGAAGGAGCUCGUGGCCACUCCAUCUGAUUCACCCGCCGGCCCUCGUCAGUCGACCCUCACGGAGAUGGCCCAUAACCACUUCCACCCUCCUGCUCCUCCCGCCACUGCACCUCCUCCACAACACAUGCUAGCAUCACAAUCACUGCAACGACAACAGCCAGACAUCUUCAUCCGUGACCCUCUACCCACUCUAUCCAAGCCGCCGACGCCGACACCACGUCCGAUAUCAAGCGGCCAGAACUUCGACCCUAUCCGAGGCUCCAUCAUGGACUCGGCCCCACAGCCAUCGUCGCUGACCGCAAAUGGCAUCCCCUCGGCACAGGCCUCACCCCACAUCAAUCGAGCAUCAGCCUCCCCUUCCAUCAACAGCCUUAUUGAUCCUCCCAGCAAACCCGUGUCGUAUGCUACACGAACACCCAUGCAUGCACAACAGCCGCCCGGCUUUGUCGGUUCUGCACAGCACUCACCGACGCCGCCGAGAGCGGCACCAGUCUCGCUAUCCCAGCAAUCGGCAUCACAACCAGCCGCACCAGCCGCUCCGCAGCCACAACCAAUCCUGUCCGUUGAUGGCAGCAGCAUGGAUAUCGAUACUCCACGCUGUGUCGUACAGCCCUCAAAGUCAUCAUCGUCUGCGCCUACGCCGCAAAUACAGCCCAAGGAAAAGAAGGCUGCUUCGCCAAAAGCUGCGGGGACAGGACUGCUCGCGAGCAACAACUUAUUUGGCGGUCCGGGAGCCAAGCAGGAGAAUGAUAGCCGAGGACCGAACAUUGACAUUCAGAUACCGCUGAACAGAAUUGGCGGGAACACGAUCAACAUCGCGCAGGAAAUCUUCCGCAAGUACGGCCAAGACGCGAUCAAUCCCCGCGCUGCCGCCCAUCGCGCGAAGCUAUUACAGGUCGCUGCUGCACAGAACAAGCUCGAUGGAGGCUCCGCUGACGACAAAUCCGUGGACCUGAUGUCCGACAUAGAUGGCGAUAGCAACGUCGAGAUGGGUGGCAUGGACGAUGAGGGCAAGUCUGCAAACGGAGUAGACUCGACGAAGCCGCGGAAGCGAAGAAAGAAGGUGGAAGAAUACGACAAGGAGGAUGACUUCAUCGACGACACGGAGCUGGCAUGGGAGGAAAAGGCCGCUGUCGCCAAGGACGGCUUCUUUGUGUAUUCGGGCUUGCUCGUUGCCGAAGGUACGACGGCGAAUGUGGAAUCAGCUGCGCCAUCCGGUCGCGGAAGAGGAGGUGGCCGAGGCGGCCGAGGACGCGGUCGGGGCGUUCCCCCUGCCGCAUCGACGACUACCACUCAGGCCGCAGAGAAGGCAAAGGACCCCAGUGCACCAGCACGUGGGCGUGGGAGCAGAGGGGGUAAGGUACCCGGUGCACCGAGAAAGCCUCGCAUCACCAAAGCCGAGAAGGAGAAGAUCGAAGCAGAGAAAGCGGAACGAGAGCGUAUGAUUGGCAACAACCAUCCCCCAGGAGGCAUGCCGAUGCAAAUGUCGACCACAGGCUCGUCGACGCCAGCCUCACUGGCCCAAACAUCUCAACAGCCAUCGCUUGCUCCUCAGAUGUUUGCCAACGGCACCACGACGCCACAGGGCGUUUCAGCCUAGUCAGCCACACAUCUCGUGGACCAGAGGUUUGCGAAUGGGCUUGGGGCGGCGCAGGACGUGCCGGUCGAGUCCGCUUCCACUGCAGUGGAUCAGACUAUGAUGCUGGCCGGGGGGCUUACCCAUUCACAUUCAGCCUCUUCGAUGUCUAGUAGUGCGCCCUCCCCAAAUAACCAUCAUCCCCACAAAGAGCAAGAAGCGGUGGUCGUGGACCUCACCGGAAAUGAAGGAGGCACCGCUUCCCGGUAUAAAUGGUGGACUGCAGACGAGGACAGGCAACUCGUCGCGCUAUAGGAAGAGGGACUGAGUUGGGAUGACAUCUCGACGCAAAUGUCGGGCCGUUCUGCAUCUGCUUGUCACGCACACUUUUACGCCACCCUCGUCCACGGUAAUUUAGCACCGAGACGGACAGGGUGGACAGUCGACGAGGACAGGCAGCUCGUUACGCUACGAAGUCGAGGAUUGCACUAGGAUGCAAUCUCAUCGCAGAUCAAUGGCCAUUCUGCACAGUCUUGUCAGGGAAGGUGGUCUCGGAUCCCCCAAUAUGUCAAGGACAAUUAUACUCGCGCGAAACCGUCUGCAUCAGGAGACCCCCAGCCACUCCAAUAACGUAUGCCAUACUGAUGGAGCCAUUGCGCGAGGGUUACGUACCCUGGAAUUUGUUUGGUUUGCCUUUCUUUUCUCAAUCAGAUGAUACCACUGCCUUUCUUUUCCACGGGACUAGCGUUUGUAAUUCUGUUCAUUUUAUUUGUUUUUUGUUUUAUUUUUGCGAGGAAAAAGGAGCAUGACGUCGAAAGUGUAGUGUAAUGGUCAGAAGGAGGUAGAUAGAGAGAUUACUGCACACUGCGAGGAGUGAAAGUUUCCGAAGUGGCAAGAGGGAGAGGAGGC